CCAACUCCACUCUAGCAUCUCCCAUUCUGCCAGGUAUCGGGAUCUGACAGAACCCCGGCGAGGGUCAGUGUCGCUGUACUGGUGCAGGAGAAGCUCAGGCUCAGCUGCAGCUUGUUGUAAGGGUCGCGGAGAUUCCCAAGGAACAGACAUGGACACCUCCGGGAAAGAGCGAGAAGCCGUGCAGCUGAUGGCCGAGGCCGAGAAGAGGGUGAAGUCCUCGCAUUCCUUCCUGAGGGGUCUCUUCGGUGGAAAUACAAAGAUUGAAGAAGCUUGUGAAAUGUAUGCCAGAGCUGCCAACAUGUUCAAGAUGGCCAAGAACUGGAGUGCUGCGGGAAAUGCAUUCUGCCAGGCGGCCAAACUACACAUGCAGCUUCAGAGUAAACAUGAUUCCGCCACAAGUUUCGUCGAUGCCGGGAAUGCCUAUAAGAAAGCUGAUCCUCACGAGGCCAUCAACUGCUUAAAUGCAGCCAUCGAUAUUUACACAGAUAUGGGAAGGUUUACAAUUGCUGCCAAGCAUCACAUUACAAUUGCCGAAAUUUAUGAAACUGAACUUGUAGAUAUUGAAAAGGCUGUUGCACAUUAUGAGCAGUCAGCAGAUUACUAUAAAGGUGAAGAGUCCAACAGCUCUGCAAACAAGUGUUUGCUAAAAGUGGCCGCGUACGCUGCUCAGCUGGAACAGUAUCAAAAAGCAAUAGAAAUUUAUGAACAGGUCGGCGCAAGCACCAUGGAUAAUCCUCUGCUGAAGUAUAGUGCAAAAGAAUAUUUCUUCAAAGCCGCCCUGUGCCAUUUCAUUGUCGAUGAGCUGAAUGCAAAGCUUGCGGUGGAGAAAUAUGAAGAAAUGUUCCCCGCCUUUUCAGAUUCAAGGGAAUGUCAGCUAAUAAAGAAAUUGCUUGACGCUCAUGAAGAACAGAACAGUGAUGCAUACACUGAAGCUGUGAAGGAAUUUGAUUCAAUAUCUCGUUUGGAUCAAUGGCUAACAACUAUGUUACUCCGCAUCAAGAAAUCAAUCCAAGGAGAUGGCGGCGAUGGCGACUUGAAAUGAGGAAGGGGAUUACAGUGAAUACAUACCUAAGUCUCUCUUUGUUCCCGUCUCUGCGGUUUCAAUUUACUUUUACAUUUCAGUGCCAGUCUAGUCUGUAGUACAACACAAUGUAAGCGGCUGCAUGUCAUGGAGCACUGAAGGGAUUUCAUAGUAAAUAAAUUAUGUCAAAAUUAGAAGGUUGGAGAAAGCGAUUAAUGUAUGAAUAAGUGUAAUUAUUAUUCCUUAAGAAUUUACCCGUUAUCUUUGCACAGUGAAAGCAGCCAUUAUAUGAGCUAUCUUAUUAUGGUGUCCAUUGAAGUCAAUUACAUUUGGUCCCUAAUUAUUAUUAGCCAUGGGUUCGGAACAUAACAGUAUAGGAGAAGACGGAUACUCUAGUAUGUUGAGUCUGGUAUUGGUGUCAUUUUAAGAGCUUCUAUGGCUUAAGGCUACGUUCACACUCGCUUUUUGGCUUUCCGUUUCUGAGAUCCGUCAUGGGCUCUCAGAAGCGGGCCAAAACGGAUCAAUUUUGCCCUAAUGCAUUCUGAAUGGAAAAGGAUCCGCUCAGAAUGCAUCA